UUAUUUCCAAUCUGUUCCUUGCAUAUAGGUCCAUUUUUUCGGGAGAUGGAAAACAGCACUAUCAUUUCUGAAUUCAUCCUUGUGGGGUUUCCCUCUGGACUAGAGCUCCAGCUAUUUCUUUUCAUGACUUUUUUUCUAACAUAUAUACUAACAGUUAUAGAGAAUCUUAUCAUUAUCUCCUUAGUAAAAAAUAACAGGAACCUUCAUAAACCUAUGUAUUUUUUCCUUGGAAAUUUGUCUUUCUUGGAAAUUUGGUAUAUCAGUGUUACACUUCCCAAACUGCUGGUGGAUUUCUGGUCACCGAGCAAGACUAUAUCCUUCCAAAGUUGCAUGGCUCAGCUUUACUUCUUCAUCUCAUUAAUGUGCACUGAAUGUGUUCUCCUAGCUGUCAUGGCAUAUGAUCGAUACAUAGCAGUGUGCAACCCACUUCGCUAUUCAGCUAUUAUGACACAUAGAUUAUGUUUCCAGCUAGGUUUGCUCUCUUGGGUAUGUGGCUUCUCCACCUCCUUUGUCAAAGUCAUGUUUAUUUCCAGGCUGACUUUUUGUGGCCCUGGAGUGAUUAAUCACUUUUUUUGUGAUAUCUCCCCAGUUCUCAACCUCUCCUGCACUGAUAUGUCAAGGGCCGAGUUGGUAGAUUUCAUUCUGGCCUUGGUUAUUCUCCUUGGUCCACUCUCUGUAACCAUUGUGUCCUACCUGUUCAUCAUCACUUCAAUUUUACACAUCCCUACAGCCCAAGGAAAGAAGAAAGUCUUCUCAACAUGUGCUUCACACCUCACAGUGGUCAUCAUCUUUUUUACUUCAGCAGUCUUCAUGUAUGCUCGACCUAGAAAAAUUCACCCUUUCAACCUUAACAAAAUAGUCUCCAUCUUCUAUGCCGUGGUCACUCCAGCUGUCAAUCCACUCAUCUAUUGUCUGAGAAAUAAGGAAGUGAAAGAGGCACUGAAGAAAAAUAUAACAAGAAAAUGCCCUGUUAGAUAA